ACGAUGUGCGUUUUCAUCGCAACCGACACGAUUCUGCUCUACAUGGUGCAACACGUUUGCGGCCUACUGUCCCUUGCUGGACAUCGUUUCAAGUAUUCCAUGGGCACCGGUUAUUCACUGACAAACUCAGAGAAAAUCAACAAAGAGUUGGUGUACAAGAAAGUAUGUUACGCUAUUAAAACUCACAAACGAGCUCUCACGUUUCUCACCGAAAUCGAGAGCGUGUAUGCUCUGAAUCUAUUCAUACAAGUGGGUGUAGUCGUAUUGACAUUUACUAUCACAUUACUAAAAGUAGCUUCGGUAACGCUGACUAUGGAGACUUAUCAAUAUUACGGAUUCCUUGUCACUCAGCUGAUACAUAUCUUCUUUCUAACGGUUCAAGGCCAAUUCGUGAUCGACUUGCAUGACAUCGUCUACCAGGAGGGGUACCAUACAUGCUGGUAUUAUGCAGACGUGAGGACACAAGCAUUGUUAGUUCUGGUAUUACGGAGAAACCUGCUUCCUCCUUUAUUAACCGCCGGUGGAUUAAUACAAUUAAAAUUGGACAGUUUUGCUGAGAUCGUGAAAGCGAGUGUUUCGUACUUCACCGUAUUGAAAUCAGUUUAAACAUUGUAGUUAAAUGAACAGAAAUAAAGAACUAGUGUGAAAUAAACAUUGAGCUACAUAAAACAUCUGAAUUUUAUAUAGCUCAAUGCUAAAACCCAAUAAAUCUGUAUUGUACAUGAUGC